CUUGGCCCGCCAUGUAUCUAUGUGCCAAAUGCUGUGUACCUAACAUACCUUCGGAGGCUUGCCUAUCUUCCCAUAAAUAGGGAAGGCAACUCACAGUUUACCUAUGUAGAUGUCCCUGGCCUCAUACUCUUUGUUGCUUAGCGCGUCAAUCCCUCACUUUGUCGCCUCAUACUAGUAUCGUGAUGGCCAUGGCGUCCUCAGUAGCGCCACACAUCAUAUUUGGCUGUGGCGGCCUUGGUGACGAAUUUGUCCGUGAAGAUGCCGUGCGAGAGCUUCUGGAACUGCUCAAGGAAUCGGGAAUAGAUCGGCUUGAUACGGCCGCCCUGUACCCGCCCUCAGACAUUGGUGCUUCGCAACGUCUCCUCGGACAAGUCGGAGCAGCGCGACUGGGAUUCGUCAUUGACACCAAGGUAAAAAUCAGCAUGUCUGGCUUUAAAGGUACCCUAGAGCCUGAGAAGAUCGCCAAGUCCAUCGCGGAGAGCUACGGGGCCCUGCAGUUCGGAGAUGGUCAACGUAUCAAUGUCUUCUAUCCCCAUGCGCCGGACGUAGCCACGCCAUUGAAAGAUCAGGCGGCUGGUUUCCACGCACAAUAUAAAAAGGGGCUGUUUGACAAGCUGGGUGUCUGUAACUUUCCUGCUGAUAUGCUUGCCGAGUUCAUCGACAUCUGCGAACGUGAGGGGUAUGUUAAGCCGACCGUGUACCAGGGUCUGUACAACCUCAUCGAUCGCCGACACGAAGGGUCGGUGCUUGAUCUGGUCCGCAAGCAUGGCAUGCAGUUUGUGGCGCAUAGUCCGCACGGCAGCGGUUUCCUCCACGGCGCCCUGACGUCCGGUCAAGUGGAGGGGACCCGCUUCACCAAAGGGAAUAUCAUGUCAACGGACGCUCGGCGGUACGACAGUGAUAAGAAUCACGAAGUCAUCCGAUUUCUCGAUAAGGCGCUUGAGCCGCACGGCAUCUCCAAGCCGGAAGUAGCACUACGUUGGCUCGCCUUCCAUUCGAAGUUAGAGCCGCAAGAUGCCAUUAUUUUCGGCUCCAGCAAGAUCGCUCAGGUCAAACAGAACGUGGGGGCACUUCGGAAGGGCCCACUCCCGGAAGAUAUACUUGCAGUGCUGGAUGACGCUUGGAAUAUCGUUAAAUAGUCUGAAGUGAGAUGCCCAACAAGGAAUGCCUAUAAGCUUAAGAUUUACUACUCUCAUAUUUACCUAUGAUGUACUUUGACUGCGUUUCCAAUUUUUGUUCUCCACUUAUAAUAAACCCAAUGACUUUCUAUUAAUUGGGGCAUAGUAGAUGUAAGUAAAAAAUAACGCCGGAUAUAGGACAUGGGUGAAGAUCCUGGGGCCCCCUAUUUGUACUGUCAGUACUGUGUAUACGAUGAAAUAUUCCCAUUGCCACUUACGUCGUCCACCCCCACCCCCUAAAUAAAUAAGCCUUGCGGAAAUAUUAUCGAUGAACCACCUAGGCUAGCGUGGCUACUUCAUCUGCCAUACAAAUACAUAC